AUGGCAGAACCUCCAAAUGGAGAAACAACAGUGGCUGAACAAGCUGCUGCAUUGGGUGAGCAAAAUGCACCAAAGACACCUGAGAAGAAAGAAAAUGAGUCAAGGAAGGAAGCCACAAAGAAAGCUACACCAAAGAAAGCCACUACACCAAAGGCAGCCACACCCAAGUCACAUGCUAAAAGUCCCAGCGCAGCAGAAAAGGCCACAGGACUCAAGAGGCCAGCAGCCAGUGGUAAGGCCAAGGCAGCUGCCAAGGUAAAGCCUACUACCAAGGUUAAAAAGGUACCAAAGUCACAAGCAAAGGCAAAGUCAACACCAAAGGCAGCACCCAAAGCAGCUGGCAGCAACAAGCCAAAGCAUACAGAUGAGCAGUCAGAGCAGGAGCAGAAGAAGGAACCCCCAAAAAAGAAAGGAAAGGAAACUUUGAAGGACCAAGCAAUGAAAUGGGUUGACAAUUUAGACAAGCCAGAAGAUGAAGAGAAGGACAAUACCACAGAGGCAAAGGCUGAAGAGAGAGACAGGCAGAAGGCACAAAAGUUUAGAAAGCUUGAGAAAGCAGGUGCUUUGCCUGCAGAAGUGAAGGAGGCCUUUGAUGCAGCUGAAAAAAGCCAAAACCCAAGAGCCAACAAAACUCAGCUCAUCAACAGCCUUUUCAGAAAAGAGGGCAACAACUUUGUGAUGGUUCCCAAAGACCCUGCCUUCAAAAGGGUUCAAAAGCUGUUGGAUGUGAAGUAUGGAAAGGAAGAGGCACAAAGUUUCCCCUGGUCCAUCAUGCUCUAUGACAAGUUUGGUGGCAACGAAAGUGCACUAGAGAAAGCUUUACAGUGUGGGGAUGUUGUUGUGACCAGCUACCAGGGAAAGGACUAUUAUAGCUACAACACUUUGAAGUCAGGCAGGAUGAAAAGUUUGGGUGAUGAAAGUGAAUUGAAUGAUGGCCAGCACAGCUUGGAUGAAAGCUCUCACCAAGUCAUUUCUGACUGGUUCAAGAGCUUGAAUGUUGGCUCACUGCAGCAGCAAGUGGAGGACUCAGCAGAAGCAGCAGGAGACACAGUUCUAGUUUUAACAAAGCCAAAGACUCAAGAAGUUGACUGGAACCAUGUUGAGAAGGUGUUGCAGUCAGCAAAGGCUGCUCAGGAAAAGUUGAUCAGGGAUGGCAUGAAGUUGAAGGAACAGGUGUUGGCAGCAAAGGAUCAGGACUUACUUGACACCUUCAAGGGCAGCCUCAAGGAUUUGCAGGACAAUGACAAGGAUUUGGACCACUGUUUGCUGUGGAAGGUCUGCUGGUUUGGUGUGGGGGAAUUACCUGGAGGCAAGAAAUGGGAUGUCGCGAGUGGAAAGGAUUGGAUGACAAACCUGGCCAAGCAAACCCAAAAGGCCAAUGAGAAGAUUGAAGGAGUGAAAACAACUCUCAAGGGACCAAGCACUUUGAGAGACCCAACACUUGGAAAGGGUAAGCACUUGGAGAGACCCAACACUUGGAGAGGCCCAGCACUUGGAGAAACCUACACUUUGAGAGACAAUGCCAUGGGUAGACUGGUGCCAGAUCCAUCAGUCUGUGUGCUGGACUUGCAGCAGGUUAUCAACCAAUUUUGCAAAGAGAAGGGCAGUCAUGACCUUUGGAGUUUGUUGGCACCAGAGCCAUCAAAAAAGGUUACCUGGAAAACAGCACCUGAUCCAGAGUGGUUGCACAAAAUAUCACCUUUUCUCAUCAAAUUGGUCUCAGUUGUGAAGAACCUUGUGGUUGCAUCAAAGAAGUUGAAGACAGCCAUGUUGGACCAAUACAUUCGUAUAGGAGCUGCACAGAUCAGAACACUGAAGAUCAACCAGGCAGACUUCAUUAGAGUUGCCAAGAAAUGUAGCCAAGAAGAAAAGAAAGCCAUUGAAGAAAUUUUGGAGCUGGAUGGAAAGCUUGAAAGUGAUGAGACCCGACCUGAUUCCCAAACACCACACCCUCCCAUGGCAAAGGCAGGUCAAGAGCCAAGCAGCAGCUCCACUGGAGCUUGUGGAAGCCCUGGUAAGGAUCUCUUUGGUGUUUCAAGCAACUUUUUCCAACAGUUUCACAGCCCAGAAAAAGCAAAAGAGACUACAAGUUGCACAGACCUGGUACUACAUGAAGGCAGCAAACCUUCCUAUAAAAGAAGCUUUGCUAAAAGCAACCUCACUUUGGAUGAAAAAAACGACACCAGUAGGCCUACCUUGAGGAGACAGCUGGCAAAGAGCAAUUUUGACUUGGACAGUCAGGAUUUGCAAACACUAGCACUGGCAUUCGAAUGCAAGAGCCACAAAGCAACCUCUGAUGUCAAUGAGCCUAAGGAGAUGAAGGCACCUGAUGAAACACAAGUAGCACCCAAGAAAAAGCGACCUGCCAAGUCAAAGUCCAAAAAGGCAGCAAAGGCCCCAGCACAGCCAGCCCCCAAAUGCAAAUCCAAAGCCAAAGCAAAGAAAAAGAAAUCUUCCAGAGGAAGCCCUUCUGGUGGAUAUAAAACUACAUUUCGCCACAGAAAGACCAGCAAUGCAUACCACCUAGCCAAGAAUAUGGCUUUGAGGGCUGGCAUUAGCCCAGAGAGUGCAAGGAUCAAAGGCAAAGCUGCAAGUGCCAAGGUUGUGCAACAGAUUGAACUUGGAACUCUCAAAGAGGGUUAG